GAGGAAGUCGCGAUCUCGAGCUUCUAGAAAUUUUGGCUUUCGAGAAGCACGCGCGAUGAUGCACCUUUCAAUCGCCCUCGCCAUCUGCAUAUGCCUCCGUCGCCUCGCAUUAUAGCAUGGAUGCUGAAGCGCGGUCGUAUCCCUCCCUCCAGCAUGGCGCUCUCGGUUGUUGAACCUCCGCCCCUCGAGCCCGCGGAGAAGUUCGAGGAGCCGCCUGCGACAGCCAUCACGCCGUGUGAUCCGUGGCCGCGGCCGUACUUUCUCCAAGACGGCUUGAGACGAGUCGCCCCAUACCACUUCACAUACCAGACCUGGUGCAAAGAGCGAUGGCGCGGCCGGCCACUUCUCGAAAUUUUCCAGGAUGAAUUUCGCGAUCGCAGCGUGGAGUACUACGCUAAAUCGAUCGAAGAGGGCGCCAUACAAGUCAACGGCAAACCGGUGCAGUCCGUCAACACCACUGUGAAGAAUGGGGAUAUCAUAAGUCAUACGCUCCAUCGGCAUGAACCGCCUGUCACCGCGGAGCCGAUACGAGUUGUUUUCGAGGAUGAAGAUCUCAUUAUGAUUUCUAAACCGGCUGGUAUGCCUGUGCAUCCAGCUGGUAGAUACAAUUACAAUAGCGUGGUGGAGAUCAUGCGUGCAGAGCGCGGGCACGCUUGGAACCCACUGCCGUGCAACCGGCUGGACAGGCUUACGAGUGGCAUCAUGUUCAUCGCGAAGCACAAGAAGGCCGCCGAAGCCAUCACCGCCCAGCUUACCCAGCGCACCGUCCGCAAAGAAUAUGUCGCUCGCGUCAGGGGCGAGUUUCCAGACGAAGAAGUGAUUUGCGAACAACCCAUCCUUCAAAUAUCGCCGAAACUAGGCCUGAACCGCGUGCGAGCAAACGGCAAAGAGGCGCGCACCGUCUUCCGCAGAAUCGCGUACUACCCUGCACUCACCACAGACGACGGCAAGACCAGCCGCGCAGCCUACUCCAUCGUCCGCUGCAUGCCCCUCACAGGCCGCACGCACCAAAUCCGCGUGCACCUGCAGUUCCUUGGACACCCCAUAACCAACGACCCCAUCUACAGCAACGCGCGCGUCUUCGGGCCCGAUCUCGGGCGCGGCUCCUCGACCGCCGAGUCCGACGACAGCAUCAUGGAGCGCCUCAGCCGCAUGGGCAAGGACGAGGUGGCGGAGGCGAUCGCGUACCACGACGGAAUGGUGGCGGAUUAUGAGAAGAAGAAGGCGGAGAAGAUGACGGGGGAGGUGUGCGAGGUAUGCGGCACGGAUUUGUAUAGUGAUCCUGGCGCGCACGAGCUGGGGAUUUAUCUGCAUGCGAGGAAGUAUGCUUGUGCGGAGGGGAAGUGGAGUUACGAGACGCCUUUGCCCGCUUGGGCGCUGUCUCCGGGUCAGGUUGAUGGCUCUGCGGAUGGGUUGGUUUUGGAUAAGGGAGGGUUCGAGAACGACAUUGCGAAGCUUAGUGUGGAGGAUAGGGAAGCGCAGAGUGCGCAGGCGGUAUGACCCUAAUGAUAUCCGACGAAAACCAAUGCUGCACUCACUCGACACAUGUCGAGAAGCGUGAAGUCACGUGUAACGAAUGUAAUCACGUGAAGUGAUCGAGCAUCGUGAGAUGAAAUGAAAAUGGACAGACAGUGUCUUGCCCAGAACGCCACCGGUAGGCAGUGCGAUGAACA